CAAAUGAGUCCCUCUAAUACUGUCAGAGUUCGUUGACUGAGGAGGCGACACUGGGAUUUUCAGGCUCCCAGUCCGCGCCGCACUUCACCCAUCCCGUCCUCCUUGUCUUGAAGUUCGGCCGCAUCCUCUUAAGGAAUCUCAAAUUGGAUGCUCCCUGCGGAGCAUUGUCACCUCCGGCUCUCAGCUGUGGGCGAGAAAGGAAGAUGGAGCGCUCCAGGUCUGGCAAUUUCGGAAUUUGUAUGGAGGGACUGAGGAUACUGUCCCGUGCCCGCCGACGAGGGUAGUCGGGUGAUAUGGAGUGGGCACAAGGAUGUGAGGAUCAAGUGCUAGAAAAUGGAUCUUGUUUCCGAUGGUUUCAAGGAAUGCAUGUCGUGUAUUGCUCACAGAGGGCCUAUCCUCUCCAUGGUCAUUACUUGCUACGAGCGAAAAUCUGGAGUCCUGGUUAUCUCUCGUUUGCUCUAUGACGGUUAUGGGUAGGCUAUGUUACUGGUGUGAUCCAGGUUUUGGACCUUGAAGUGAAUCUAAUUGGAGAGUGGGUAGCUCACAGUAGUUCGGUGAUUAAAAUGGUUGUUGGUGCUGGUUACGUUUUUCCUUUGGCUAGUCAUGGUGGCAUCCGCGGAUGGAAUGUCAUGGCUCCUGGACCUCUUGGCAGUAUACUGCGAUCAGAAUUGGCAGGAAAAGAAUUCUUAUAUACAAGGAUACAGAAUUUGAAAAUUUUGACUGGUACAUGGAAUGUAGCUGAAGGAAGAGCUACCAGUGACUCGCUUGUGUCCUGGAUAGGUUCUGCAGCUAGGGAUGUUGGGAUAGUUGUUGUUGGGUUACAAGAAGUUGAAAUGGGAGCCGGGGUCCUUUCAAUGUCUGCUGUUGGACUUGAACGUAGCUCCGUUGGGCAGUGGUGGCUCGAUAUGAUAGACAAAAUAUUGGAUGAAGGCUUGCUGGUCUCUGUAUUGUACAUAGACGCUGUAGUCUUCGAUUUCCGGCAAAUGUUAACUGCAUGGUGUGACAGAAUAUUAUUCCGUGACAACCGGUCAGCUCAGCUGGAGUGUCUGAAUGCAAGCUUGGAGUGCCCUGUUGUCUGUUUGCAACAACUGUAUAGAAAGUGUAACGAUGUGGGAGGGAUUACGAUGCGCCCAUUUCAGUUUGAGUUUCCCACA